AUGCGUUCCCACAGAGUCGCUUACAGUCAGGUAGGUGAAGACAAGAAGGCCGACUGCUUGGCCUCGCUUCCACUCCCACAUGACUUUGAGGACCGGAAGGAUAUGCUACCGAUGGCUGGCCAGUUUCAGUUUAAAGGCCGUCUUGGGGCUCCUCAGGGCGAGUCACGUGCCAAUGUCAAUAACUUUGAGGCAUUUUUCGAUGAUGAGGAGGAGGUGAGCUGUCGUGACAGAUCUACGGCCACCUUCUCAACCAGACUGGCUCACGACAACACAAAUGCUUCUGGCUUGCAUUCAGAAAUGUUGCAUGACCGAGAGCUAUCAGAGGUAAAGUGA